AUGUGCAGCUGUGAGGACAAAGAUGAAGAGGACAGGGUCCCUGAUGUUGAGGACUUGCCACUGAGUAACCCUCACAUGUCACAUGUGCGCGUGGUGCAUGGGCUGCUAGAGGGGCGAUCCAGGGUGGGGACUGUCUGGGGUGUUGGGAAGAGCCUGAUGCUGGAUGGCCAAGCCCCCAUGGAGGCCCAGUAUGCAGAGGAGAGUCCAGGAUCCUGGAUCUUCAGAGCAGAGCCAGGAGACCCACUGCGGAGACCUGAGGCCCAGCAGCAACCCAUCUCUUGGGCAGGGCGCUGGUGCACAGGGCGGCGCGGCUGGGCGGCGUUGGGAGCCCUGGUGGUGCUGGCUGGUGCAAGCAUUGGCUCCUGGCUUCUAGCGCUGUAUCUGUGGCCAGCUGCCUCUCAGCCUGUUCCCGGGACCCUGCAGGAUGAGGAUAUGAGCUUAAACUGCUCGGAGGCCAGCGGUGAGGAAGCCCUGCUCCCCUCGCUUCCCAGAGCAGUGUCUUUCAGAAUAAACACCGAGGACUUCUUGCUGGAGGUGCAGAUGAGGGCCCGGCCAGACUGGCUCCUGGUCUGCCACGAGGGCUGGAGCUCUGCCCUGGGGGUACGGAUCUGCCGGAGACUUGGGCAUCUCAGACUCACAGACCACAAGGCAGUGAACCUGUCUGACAUCAGGCUCAACAGCUCCAGGCAGUUUGCUCAGCUCUCUCCUAGACUGGGAGGCCUCCCGGAGGAGGUGUGGCAGCCCAGGGGCAGCUGUACUUCUGGUCAAAUGGUUUCCCUCAGAUGCUCUGAGUGUGGGACCAGGCCCCUGGCUUCCCAGAUAGUGGGCGGGCAGGCGGUGGCUCCCGGGCGCUGGCCCUGGCAGGCCAGCGUGGCCCUGGGAGCCCGGCACACAUGCGGGGGCUCCGUGCUGGCCCCGCACUGGGUGGUGACCGCGGCACACUGUGUGCACAGUUUCAGGCUGUCCCGCCGGUCCAGCUGGCGGGUCCAUGCGGGGCUGGUCAGCCACAGCACGGUCAGUCCGCACCAGGUGGCUGUGGUGGAGCGGAUCAUCGCCCACCCUCUGUACAGUGCCCGGAGUCACGACUAUGACGUGGCCCUCCUGCAGCUCCGGACCCCGCUCCACUUCUCAGACACCGUGGGCGCCGUGUGCCUGCCGGCUGAAGAGCAGGAUUUUCCAAGGGGCUCGCAGUGCUGGGUGUCUGGCUGGGGCCACACUGACCCCAGCCACACCCACAGGUCGGACACGCUCCGGGACACGGUGGUGCCCCUGCUCAGCACCCAGCUCUGCAACAGCUCUUGCGUGUACAGCGGGGCCCUCACGCCCCGCAUGCUGUGUGCCGGAUACCUGGACCGGAGGGCCGACGCGUGCCAGGGGGAUAGCGGGGGUCCCCUGGUGUGCCUGGACAAGGGCACGUGGCGCCUGGUGGGGGUGGUCAGCUGGGGCCGCGGCUGCGCAGAGCCCAACCACCCCGGCGUCUACGCCAAGGUUGCCGAAUUCCUGGACUGGAUCCAGGACACGGCGCAGAUGCCCAGGGUGGAGACCAACAAGAGGAGCAGGGGGCAGCCUGAUUUAUUGCCCUCGGCCCUUUCUCAGCCCCCUCGUCCACACUCAGAGGCUUUGCAAGCUGAGAGACACCCAGGGGCCGGGAGCCACCGGCCAGUGCCGGCCCUUCCACUGGGCCCUCCACAUUCGUGCCAUCGGUGCCUAAAGAUUCGAUGA